GACUUGGGAGGGAUGGAUUUCUCAGUAUGUAUCACGUUCAUGUUGUUCUCAGUUUUAACCCUCUCUUAUUAAUGUUGUUUUAUCCUAAUUGUUUUUUGUGCUGCAGCAAUUUGGCGGGAUGGGUGGCGACGAUGCAGUGGGUGUUGAUUUUGAUGACAAUGAUGAUGAAGGGCAAGAAGUGUCGAAGCCUGAAAAAGAAGAGCGUGGUGAUAAGGAGGGAGGUUCUGCUGUUGGAAAAGAAGCGGACAAGAGCACCGUUGAAGAAGCUACUCCGAGCACAUAAUGGCAUUGCAGUUCAUGAUCUUACACUUGGAAAAAUGCUUUUGGGUCUGCUGUCAACAGUUUUAAUAGCAUUUCCAAUGGACAGAUUUCAUGGUUAUUUCCAAGAGAAACUGAAAAUCGGAGAGCCCCUUGAAUGUGGUGAAGUUCAGAAUUAA